UUUCACAGUUUUCAACAGAGGAAUGCAUGUUGAAGUUGAUUAUGAAUACAUGCUUGAAAAAUAAAAGAGAGUCAAUAUUAUUAUUCUUAUUCAUCUAUACUGAUAAUAUUCAAGUCAAGUGUUUCUCAAUUUUCCUGGUUUAUUGAUCUAGCUUAUUCUUCAUAAACUUGAAUCAGGUAAUGAGCUUCCAGCAAAGCUCCUUUCUACUUUGUUGAAGAUGGCACCAGCAUAGGAAGAGGAACUAAAGCUUAGGUUAUACACAGGCGAUCUUGCUCUGUUAGGUAGCUUGUGACGAACUAAAAAGCAGCAGAUUAUUCCUAAGGCUUUUAGAAGCAGUGCUCAAAAUUGGUAACCGCAUGAAUGAUGGAACCUAUCGUGGUGGUGCAUUGGCAUUUAAGCUCGACACUCUUUUGAAGCUGUCUGAUGUAAAAGGAGCUGAUGGUAAGACCACACUCCUACACUUCGUUGUUCAAGAGAUCAUUCGUGGUGAGGGCAUAAGGGCUGUUCAGAAUUUAAAAGCAAGCCAAAGCCUAUCCAAUUUCAAGUCGGUAGAUUUUGUUGAAGAUCCUAGCCAAGACAUGGACGAACAUUGUUGCAACCUUGGUCUUCAAGUUGUUUCAGUUUCGAGCAGUGAACUUCAAGAUGUUAAGAAGGCAGCAGUUAUUGAUGUUGAUGCCUUAACUACUACAGUGUCAAAACUUAAUAGUUCUCUGACAAAAAUUAGAGAGUUCUCAAAUAAUGAGAUGAAAAACAUGGAUGAGGAAUGCAAAUUUGAUAUUGCACUGUCAAGCUUUAUUGAUCAAACAGAUGCUGAUAUAUGAUGGCUGUCAGCAGAUCGUUGGGUUCGAUCGAACCCAACCUAGUAGAUCGCUGGGUUCUCAAGGACCUGCAUGCAGCCAACAGAUCACUAGGUUCUUGAUCGGACCCAACAGAUGAUUAAAACUCAAGGACUAGC